AUGGUCCUGUGGGUCCCCGUGGCCCCCUGGAUAGCAGCUCUGAUGGUGUUGCUGAGCAGAGGGAUCCAGGGUGGGUCCCCUCCAGAGAACCACCUGCUGCGCGCGCUGCACGAGUGCUACGCGGAGAAGAACGGGACGCAGCAGCGCUACAUCAUGAGAUGCGUCUUGGACCGGGAGGAGUUCAUGCGCUUCGACAGCGCCCAGGGCGAGUUCCGCGCGCUCACCGCCAUGGGGCGGCCGUGGGCCUAGUCCUGGAACAGCCAGAAGGACUACCUGGAGCGACGGAGGGCCGAGGUGGACACGGUGUGCAGGCACAACUACGAACUGAACCAAGGCUUCACCGUGAAGCGCCGAGUCCAGCCUAAGGUACAUGUGUCACCCUCCAAGAAGGUCACCCUGCAGCACCAUGGCCUGCUGGUCUGCCAUGUGACAGAUUUCUACCCAGGCAGCAUUCAGGUCCGCUGGUUCUGGAACAACCAGGAGGAAACUGAUGGAGUCGUGUCCACCAACCUGAUCCGAAACGGGGACUGGACCUUCCAGAUUCUGGUCAUGCUGGAGAUGACCCCACAGCGGGGAGAUGUCUACACCUGCCAUGUGGAGCACCCCAGCCUGCAGAGCCCCAUUACUGUAGAGUGGAAGGUCGGGUCUGACUCUGCCAGAAACAAGAUGCUGACGGGAAUGUGUGGUCUGGCGCUGGGACUCAUCUUCCUGGUGUCGGGCAUCACCAUGCACCUGAGGAGCAAGAGGGGCACCAGCAGGACGGUGCGCUGUGUGGCUGUGUGA